AUGAGCUCCAGGACAGUGCCCUGGUCGCUGGCGCUUCUGCCUCGGCUCCUGCUGCUGCUUCCGGUUGCUACGCCCGCGGUAGCCAAGAGCCAGUGUGCGUGCGGUGGAACCAAAGGGGACAAGGGAGAGAAAGGUUUUCCUGGACCUCCUGGUUCUCCUGGCCAGAAAGGAUUUCCAGGUCCUGAAGGCUUGCCCGGACCCCAAGGACCCAAGGGCGCUCCAGGACUUCCAGGACUCACUGGUCCCAAAGGUGUGAGGGGAGUAACUGGAUUACCAGGAUUUUCAGGUUCUCCUGGACUUCCAGGCAUCCCAGGCAAUGCUGGACCUUAUGGACUUGCUGGUGUACCAGGAUGCAAUGGUUCUAAGGGUCAACAGGGGUUCCCAGGAUUUCCAGGAGCACCAGGCUACCCAGGGCCACCCGGUGCUGCUGGUUUGAAAGGACAAAAGGGUGAUCCCGCUGAAGGAGAAGACAUAGAAUUUAAUGGAAAGGGGGACCCUGGGUUGCCAGGAAUGCCAGGAUUUCAGGGUUUUCCAGGGCCUGCAGGUUUUCCUGGGCCUGUUGGUCCGCCUGGCUCUCCAGGAUUCUUGGGUUUUCCAGGUGCCAUGGGACCUGCAGGACCUAAGGGUCACAUGGGCGAUAAUGUAAUAGGACAAAAAGGAGAUCAGGGCAUGAAAGGAUUAACAGGACCCCCUGGACCACCAGGAACAGUUAUUGUGACACUGACGGGCGUGGACAACAGAACGGACCUCAAGGGCGAAAAGGGAGACAAGGGAGCCAUGGGCGCAGCUGGACUUCCGGGACCCUCGGGACCCGCUGGAGAAUCCACCAGAUCUGAAAAGGGUGCUCCCGGAGAGCCUGGCUCGCAGGGAAAACCUGGAAAGGACGGUGCCCCUGGCUUCCCUGGAACUGAGGGACCCAAGGGCAACAGGGGCUUCCCUGGGUUAACAGGAGAAGCUGGCAUCAAGGGAUGGAAAGGAGACAUUGGCCCUCCAGGACUUCGUGGCCCAACAGAAUAUUAUGAUGCAUACCAAUAUUAUGAUGCAUACCAGCAAAAGGGAGAUGAAGGAAUCCCAGGACCACCGGGGCCCAAAGGAGCUCGUGGCUCACAAGGUCUGACUGGUCCUCCUGGAGCUCCUGGCAUCCCUGGACCAUCACAGCCUGGCCUCAGAGGAGCUCCCGGAUGGCCUGGCUUGCAGGGAAGUAAAGGGGAACCAGGACCCCCAGGAAAGGAUGCACUGGGGCCUCCUGGGGUCCCAGGCUGUCCAGGGCCACCAGGCCCUGCAGGGGCACCAGGACCUCCAGGACCACCAGGUGAUAUCAUUUUUCGCAUGGGUCCUCCUGGUGACCGUGGGCUGCCAGGGCGUUUAGGGUUUCCAGGAAUUCCAGGAACUGUUGGACCCAAAGGAGAACCAGGUUUCCUCUGCACAGAGUGCACGUAUACCCCAGGGGCCCCCGGCCUCCCAGGACUGCCCGGGUUAGAUGGUGUCAAAGGAAUCCCAGGGGGACAAGGUGCAGCUGGCCUGAAAGGAAGCCCAGGGUCCCCGGGAAGAACAGGUCCUCCAGGAUUUCCAGGGUUCCCAGGUGCACAAGGUGAUCCAGGACAUCAAGGAGGAAAGGGUGAAAUGCCUGAGCCCCAGGGGCAAGCUGGUGCCCCAGGGGAUCCCGGGCUCAGAGGGCCGCCAGGGAGAAAGGGCUUGGCUGGGACUCCUGGAACUCCAGGACUGAAAGGGUUACCAGGACCUAGAGGUGAACCGGCCCUGAGUGGAGAGAAGGGGGACCAGGGUCCUCCAGGGGAUCCUGGCUUCCCUGGACCCCCAGGACCUGCAGGACCAGCUGGACCACCUGGCUAUGGACUUCAGGGAGAGCCUGGUCCCAAGGGCUCCCAAGGCGUUCCUGGAGCCCCUGGACCACCUGGAGAAGCCGGUCCUAAGGGGGAACCCAGUGUUUCAACACCAGUCCCAGGCCCUCCAGGCCCUCCAGGGCUCCCUGGCCGGGCUGGCUCCCGUGGACCACCUGGUCUCCCUGGAUUGAAGGGGAAAUGUGUUGAGCCUGGUCUUCCUGGGCCUGAUGGUGAACCAGGAAUUCCAGGAAUUGGAUUUCCUGGGCCUCCUGGACCUAAAGGAAACCGAGGUUUUCCAGGAACAAAAGGCUCUCCAGGGUGUCCUGGAGAAAUGGGGAAGCCAGGGAUACCUGGAAAUCCAGGCCCACCAGGAUCCAAGGGAGAACCAGCUCUAGCCAUGCCUGGAGAUCCAGGGAGACCAGGCUUUCCAGGAGAAAGAGGCUAUUCUGGAGAAAGAGGAGACAUCGGACUCCCUGGACCUCCAGGUGUCCCUGGAAUUCCGGGAAAAGAAGGGUUUGAUGGACCACGAGGAGAUCCGGGGCAGCCUGGACCACCUGGAGAACCAGGAUUACCAGGAAGGUGCCUAGAAGGUCCAAGGGGAGCCCCGGGCCUUCCGGGCUUAAAUGGACUGCAAGGACAACCAGGCAGAAGAGGUGAAACAGGACCAAAAGGUGACCCAGGGAUUCCAGGUCUGGAUAGGACAGGCUUUCCUGGGGAACCAGGACCACCCGGAAUGCCAGGUCAUGGAGGUGAAGUGGGACCACCCGGUCACAAAGGCUAUCCAGGGGCUCCAGGAGUCGCAGGGCCACCAGGUCAAAAGGGAAUGAUGGGAAUGAUGGGCUACCCUGGAACUCCAGGCCCUCCAGGGCCUCCUGGGAACCCAGGCCCUCCGGGGCACAGGGGCAGCCUUGGAAUCCCAGGAGCAAAAGGCCAGAGAGGACUUGCAGGAGCCAAAGGGGAGCCAGGAGAUAAAGGAAACCCUGGGCCUUCGCAAAUAUCUCACAUAACAGGGGACAAAGGAGAACCUGGGCUCAAAGGAUCCCCAGGAAAUCCAGGUGAGAAGGGAAGCAAAGGUGUUCCAGGCUUACCAGGUCUAAAAGGCCUUGACGGGCCUCCUGGACCACCAGGACCACCAGGCCCCAGAGGAGAUGUGGGAAGCAUUGGGAGUCCUGGAGAACCAGGGCCACGUGGUGAGCCAGGUGGCACGGGGACCAUGGGCAUGCCAGGUUCCAAAGGAGAACAGGGGGCUUUGGGACUCCCAGGUCUAGCUGGAAGACCAGGCCUGCCAGGUACCAGCGGUCUUCCAGGAGAUAAGGGAGAACCAGGUUAUGCAGAAGCGACAAGGCCAGGGCCACCAGGACCAAAGGGGGAUCCAGGACCACCAGGUGACCUGGGGAAGAAAGGAGAAAGAGGGCCACCUGGCCCACCCGGACAUUUGGGACCUGCUGGAGCUGCGGGAGCCCCUGGAAGCCCUGGAGGUGCUGGCCUCCCAGGAAAUCCGGGUCCUGAUGGUGAUAUGGGGUUUAAAGGCAUCAAAGGCUUCCCUGGACAUCCAGGAGUAAAAGGCCCUCCAGGCCUUCCAGGAUUGCCUGGAUCUCCUGGGCCAGUGGGUAUGAGAGGCAACCAGGGGCGUGAUGGAAUUCCUGGUCCACCUGGAGAGAAAGGAGAGACAGGUUUGCUGGGGGCCCAUCCAGGCCCCAAAGGGCAACCUGGUGUUCAAGGAGCCAAAGGCUAUAGGGGAGUCCCUGGCCUGCCUGGCCUGCCUGGCAGGAAAGGGUCCGUGGGAGACGCUGGGCCUCGAGGGCCCACAGGUGCAGCAGGACUCCCAGGACCACCAGGCCCACCUGGAGCAAUCAAGCCUGGCCAAAAAGGAGACAGAGGCCCACCAGGCUCAAGGGGAAAGCCAGGUGAACCUGGUCCCCCGGGACCUCCAGGGAGUCCAGUCGCAGGCAUAAAAGGAGAUAAAGGAUUCGUGGGCCACCCUGGUCCAAAAGGUCCACCAGGAACUAUAGGAGAGAUGGGACCACCAGGUCAUCCAGGAGCGCCAGGUGCCCCAGGUCUUCCAGGGCUCAGAGGUGAUCCCGGAUUCAGUGGAUUCCCAGGAAUGAGAGGAGAGAAGGGUAAUCCAGGAUUUCCAGGGCCAACUGGACCACCAGGGCCGACUGGGCCAAAAGGACCACCUGGUGUCCGCGGAGCCCCUGGCACGCUCCAGAUCAUCUCCCUUCCAGGAAGUCCAGGGCCACCUGGCCCACCUGGAGAACCAGGGAUGCAAGGAGAACCUGGACCACCAGGGUCGCCAGGGAGCCCAGGACCUUGUGGACCAAAAGGGAAACCAGGCAUGGAUGGAAAACCAGGAAUUCCCGGACCAGCUGGAGAAAAAGGCAGCAAAGGUUCCCAGGGAGAGCAAGGACCACCUGGGUCAGAAGGAUUGCCAGGUGUGAAGGGAAAGGCUGGAGACGCUGGGCCACCUGCAACUGGGACAACAAUGAGAGGCUUUGUCUUCACCCGGCACAGUCAAACAACAGCAAUUCCUGCAUGUCCGGAAGGCACAGAGCCACUCUACAGCGGCUUCUCUCUUCUUUUUGUACAAGGAAAUGAGAGAGCCCAUGGCCAAGACCUUGGAACUCUUGGCAGCUGCCUGCAGCGAUUUACCACAAUGCCUUUCUUAUUCUGUGACAUCAAUGAAGUCUGCAAUUUUGCAUCUCGAAACGAUUAUUCAUACUGGCUGUCAACACCAGCGCUGAUGCCAAUGGACAUGACUCCAAUUACGGGCAGGGCCCUCGAGUCGUAUAUUAGCAGGUGCACGGUCUGUGAAGGUCCUGCGAUUGCCAUCGCCGUGCACAGCCAAACCACGGGUGUUCCUCCCUGCCCUCAGGGCUGGAUUUCUCUAUGGAAAGGAUUUUCUUUCAUCAUGUUCACAAGUGCAGGUUCAGAGGGUGCUGGACAAGCACUGGCAUCCCCUGGCUCCUGCUUGGAAGAAUUCCGAGCCAAUCCAUUUAUUGAAUGUCAUGGAAGAGGAACGUGCAACUACUAUUCAAAUUCCUACAGUUUCUGGUUGGCUUCAUUAAACCCAGAAAGGAUGUUCAGAAAACCUAUUCCAUCUACUGUAAAGGCUGGGGAGUUAGAAAAAAUAAUAAGUCGCUGUCAGGUGUGCAUGAAGAAAAGACAUUAAAGACCUUAAGAAAACAGAUUUGCUGCUUUUCAUCCUACAUAAUGAUGUAAUGACUCAGGCCAGGCAUUUGUUUAGGUAUUUUUCUCUAACCAAACAAUAUUGUUCUGCCAUGACUUGAGAAGGAUAAGGUUUCCAUUUGUCUCCCCAUAAAUCGAAGCAUUUUUUUUCAAA